AUGGUCUGCGGCAAGUGUUUGAAGCUCCAAAAGAGCACCAAGCUCGCGACCCCAGAGGUGAAGAAAAAGAGUGAAAUGUACUAUGGCUCGCCUGCCAGCACAAAGGCGAGCGGCUCCAAAUCAGCCACUCUAGGUAAUACCGGAGUGUCCAAGAGUAAGCUGCUAUCAAAGGCGGCGAAGAAUCCAUACGCACAAUACUCAAGGUAUGCCCAAAAUCUUGGAUCCAUCUAG